AUGCACAUACAAAAGUUCUUCUAUGUCUUCGACAUCUCCGACAACGACGUGGUGGCGGACUUCUACGACGACUUCCCGGAGGAGCUGGCCGUGCGAGCUGUGAGUGUUCGGUCCCCACCUUCAGGAGGAACCGACCAGGAACAGGACCCCGUGACCAUUGUGCUGGACACCGGGGCGGACGCGGGCAUGGUUCCGGAGGCCAUGCGUGCUAUGGGGGAACCGCUGCCAAGCAACGCGGCCCCACCAAGGCUUACCGACGCCCAGGGCAACGACAUCCCGACCGAGGCCCUGCGGCGUUACGCCUUCGAGCUGCGAGACCAUCGCGGCCAGAGCUUUAUCAUCAAGGAGACCUGCGUGGUUGGACGGGUGCGAGUGCCGCUGCUGGCGGCCGGGAAGCUGCUCAAGCAAGGAUGGCAGCUUGUCUCAGAAGAGGACCCAAGGCUCUACAGGAGGAGCCGGGUGAUCCUGCGAUCGCCGGCCGGCCUCCGCGCACCCGUGGCCUUCAAGCACAACUCUUUGGUCGUGCAGGGCGAGGUCCGCGCGAUCACCGAGAUCCCCCGGAGCCUCCCGCCAAAGGUGCCCAAGGUGACCAUUUCGGCAGAGAUGGAGGCGUUGGUGGGGAACGAGGGCAUGCGCGUGCUGGGGAAUGGCAUCAAGAUGCACUACCAGGCGGCCGCGACCGACUUGCUCGACCCCCGGCCGUGGUACGACGCGACCCUCCACAAGGCCCGAACCACGCUGUACCGCACCAGUGCUGGGUUUUGGCUUCAAGUGGAGAACUCAGCCGACUACCUGUGCGAGAAGAACCCUUUUACCUUGGUGACCAAGACGCCCAAGCCGAGGAUCACUUUGAUUGGCAUGGACGCUUUCGAGGAAGGCUUCUUUCCAGAAGGGGGGGUUGCCCCCAAGCCAAGCGAGCUGGUGGUGGAGAGCCACCCGCAACCACAGGCGCCGAGAACACCGGAGCCACCGGAAGGAGAACUCGCAGAACGACCCGCAGAACGCCAAGGAGAACCUGCAGAACGCCGAGGAGAACCCGCAGAACGCCGAAGAGAACCCGCAGAACGACCCGGAAGCCAAGACGCUGACAUGGGCGCCAGUGAGCCAGGUGACGUGCAAGAUCUUCCUGGUGCCCCGGCCGGGCUUGAGCAGCACGAGUUCGGGGACUAUGUGGCGGCCAAUGCCGCGCAGGCCUUGGAGGGCAUAGACCGGCGAGACCCAGUACCACGAGGACAGCCAGAGAGCGCUCCUGAUGAUGCAGCCGUGGCCCUCCACAACCUCACGCACAUGCCUUUUGCGAGUUGGUGCGAGGCCUGCGUUCGGACAAGAAGCCGCGGAGACCGACACAGCCAAGGCGCCAAUAGGGAGGUCCGGCUCCCGAUCGUGCAGGUCGACUUCUACUUUGCCUCGCUGGAGGAAGGCGAGCAGGAGAAUUGCAUACUUAUCGGCGUCGACCUGGACACGAAGAUGGUUUUGGCUGUGCCCGGGCCCAACAAAGGAGCGGUUAUCCUGGCGAAGGCGACCGAGGAGAUUGUGCGGUUCACUCUGGCGUUGCACCAGGAGCAGGCGGUUAUCGUCCAAUCGGACGGGGAGCCCGCCAUCAAGGCGGUUGUGCGGGCAGUGGCCGCAGCAAGAGCCAGACUUGGCCGAAAGACAGUGCAGCGCGCUACGCCCGUCGCCGCGCACGAGUCCAAUGGAGCGGCGGUGCACGCAGCCUUCGUGCACAACAGGUUUCAUGUGAUACCGGGGCUGCAACAGACCCCGUUCGAGAUCGCGUUUGGAGGGAAACGCUUCGACCAGAAGCUCUGCGAGUUCGGGGACACCGUCUACGGCCAGGUCUUCCGGACCAACAAAGCGGAACCCAGAUGGGUUAAAGCGAUCUGGGUGGGGAUGAAUCCCCACAGCGGCGCCAACAACCUCAUGACGGUCUACGGGCACAUCCAGAGCGCCUCUGUUCGCCGAGCGGCCCCGGACCAGCAGCUGACGGCCGACCAGAUCAAGGAGGGCGGCUACAUUGGAGAGCAGCCGGCCAGCCCGCCAAAGCGGAAGGCCGAGGCCGAGCCAUCUUCAGCCGGAGCGGUUGAAAAACGCAAGGCUGAGGAAAUGGCCCAGGGAAACCCGAGCAGCAGCAGUGGUAGCAGUGACGGCGGCGGCUCAAUCAGGAUGGUGGAGACUGUGGACGCCGAUUGGGCCGAGCACGGCCCGGACAUCGAGGCGGAGAUCGCUGCCGACGGGCAGGAGUCAACCGAGGACCCGCCAAGCCUGAGCGUCGAGGAGCUUGCGGUGCUGGACGACGCCGCCGAGCUGGAGGAGAUCGAGAGGCUGGAGAAGAUGACCGUUUUGGUCGACCCUGUGGCCGGGGAAGAGGCCGAGCAAUUGAGCACUGUUUUCGUCAAGACGUGGAAGUACGACAAGACACGUUCUCGAGCCCCGGCAUCGGUGACCACGUUGGCCCGGAUGGUGCCGCUGCUCGCGCAGCAGUGGAACACCCCUGUGUGGGUGAUGGACAUCAAGGACGCGUUCCUUCAGGUGGAGCAACCGGCCAACGAGCCCGUCCUUGUUACCUCCCCCAGGUCCUACACGGCAAAGUCAGUGGACCUGGAGAGCAUGGAGGAGGUGCCCACACUGUUCAGGGCCAGGGCUGGUCGCUACGCGGUGAAGGUCAAUGGGCCCUUCCACUUGCCGGGGGACAUGUACGAGUUCCUUCGGCGACGCCACCAGUUCGAGCCCGACGGCUCGAUCACCAUAAGGGCGGCCACGCGGUUUUACCAGGACCUCUACGAGCUGGCCGGCCGACCAAAGGCGAGAAGCACACCGGGACCCAGCGGCAAGGAGGACAUGUUCGACCUCGACUCCACCAAGGCCUUGGAAAGUGGCGAGGCGACCCUCUACCGGACCAUGCUGGGGAAGCUUCUCUAUGUCGGCGGAACGGCCGGACUGCCAAGCGGCCAUACAGUACCUCUCGGGCAAGGCAUCGGCACCGACCGAGCGAGCAGCCAAGCUCCUGCGUCAGUGAUGCAGCUGACGGGCGACCGCCAAGGAGAGCAAGGAGGUGGAGAACACAGCCACCUCAUCGGGGGCUUCUCGGAUAGCAACUUCGCAAACGACCGAACUACAAGGCGGAGUUUGUCAUCGGGCCAGAUCUUCAUCGGCCAAGCCCUCGCUUAUUCCUUUGUCCGUGGGCAAAAGGUGGUGACCCUCAGCAAUGGAGAAGCCGAGCUGGUGGCGCUGACGCAGACCACCUCGGAAUGCAUCCUGGUCAAGAAGGCCUGGGAGUUUUUGGUCCAGCAGGAGGCCACUUUGGCCAUGAGGUCCGACUUCUGGGUGGCACGAGCAAUAGCUUCAAGGCUGGGUGUCGGGAGAGUGAGGCACCUACAGACCUCGUGUCUGUGGAUCCAGCAAUGGGUGGCACAGCACCUCUUGAAGGUGCUGGCGGUCCCGACGGAGUUCAACCCAGCUGACCUCGGGAGGAAGCGCUUUACCACAAAGCGGCUGCGACUGUUGUGCUACCUGGUUGGCUUGGUCCACGACAAUGGGGAGCACGUUGGCCAGAACGAGUUCCGGGAGGCGACAGCAAGGCGAGCAGGACGAGGAGACCGGAACAACGACGUGGUGGUGCGGCUGGUGCAGCUUCUUGCUGCAGCCACCCUACAGGGAUGUGAGUUCGGCCCGGCCGGACCCAACGAGCUCUUCGAGGACCUCGCCUCGCUCCUCUACUUUCUCUUAGAGGCGACCGAGCGCGACAACCAGGAGGAAAGCGAGCACGACAACCAGGAGGAGAGCGAGCACAACAACCAGGAGGCGACCGACCAGGAGGCCCAGAACGGGAACACCAACAACAAUCACGAGCUGCACGUGCCCACUGAGCCCAUGGGCACAGCCAACGGCUUGAUCCAGAAGUGGCGGCACGGAUUCAAAGCUGGCUACGGCUACCCAGUCUUCAGAGGCACGGCCUACGGGAGCCACGACCUCAGGAAGCUCCUCUUCGACAGCAGCUAUGCCGCUGCCCAUGGAACCGAGCUCUUCUACCCGAUCGGGAAGCAAGUUCGAGCAGGCCCGUGA